GGAUUGUCGUAAAUUUUGUAAAAAUAUCGAAUACAUACAGUGUUUUAUCCAACUAAAAUUCGCAUUAUAUUUAAAUUCGUUCAAUAAUGACGGAAAUAUGGAGUUUAGAUGCACUUUGUCGAUGUUGUCAUGCAGACGGUGAUUUCAAAGAUUUACGAUCCGUGUAUGUUUUCGAUGAUACGCCAGAAAGUUACCUUAACAUGUUACUGGAGACCUUGGGAGUCACUAUAAAACUUCCAUCAGUAGAAGCGAGCUACUCCAUUUGCGAUGCAUGUAUCCUGGAGCUCCGCAACGCUACCAACUUUAAGAAGAAGGUUCUGGAAUGCGAGACAAAGUUUGAAGAAUAUUGCAAAAAUGAGUUGUCACAGACAAGUUACGAUAUAAAGACUGAACCGGAAUAUUUAGAUGACUUUGAUAACAAUGAUUAUGAUUAUGGUGAUGCUGAUGAAGUUAAGGACGGUAGUAAAAAUCUAGAAUUCACUGAAACAACUGUCAAGAGGCCAGCCAAAAACAUUAAGAAAGAAAAAGAAUCUGAUAACAGCCACUUAGAAAUUGCAAUAGACGUGAAACCAAAGAUAGAGGGUAAACCGAAGAAGAGAAACAAAACAUCCAUCAAAGGUAAAUCAUCAAAAACCAAGCCCAAAGUAAAAGAAGAGGAAUCCUUAGUAGUAACAGUAAAAACAGAGACGGGGGAGCUAUACUCCUGUAAAACCUGCGGCGCAAACUAUGAACACCUGGAUCAGCUCAACCAACAUAUUAACAUAGAUCAUUUCAACGGGUACAAAUGCAUGUACUGUCCCGAAACCUUCAAAAUCGAGAAUAGGUACAAAGUGCAUAAUCGAUUAGUACACAAUGAUUUAAAACCAUUCCCCUGCGAGCACUGUGGAAGAAAAGUAGCGUCCAAAACUUCGCUCCUAGAGCAUAUAAAUUCUGUGCAUACUAAAGAAAUAUAUUUCCAAUGCGAUGUGUGUCAGAAGAAAUUCCAUCAUAAACAAGUGCUGAGGAUACAUUUGAAGAAACAUGACGGUACUUUCAGAAAAUUAAUUUGUGAGCAAUGUGGGGUAGGCUGCAAUGACAAGACAAAUCUAAGAUAUCAUGUUUUGACAGUUCACGAGAAGAUCAGGAUGUUCAAUUGUCAAGAAUGUGAUAAGAAAUUUUCUGCCAUGAAACAUUUGAAGGUGCAUAUGAGGUUUCACACAGGGGAAAGACCAUACGAGUGCGAUAUAUGUAAUAAUGCUUUCAUUUCACAAGACGCGCUGACUGUCCACAAAAAGGGACACACGAAAGAUGGUUACAAAUGUAAGAAUUGUGACAAAGUGUUCCCUACUAGAGGCUUAUACGCGUCUCAUUAUAGAAAACAUGUUAGUACUAAGCCAUUUAAAUGUCAUUUAUGUUAUAAGGAAUUUGCUGGCAAAUACUCUUUAAAUCGACAUUUACUUGAGCAUACCGGGGCCCGACCAUUUGUAUGCUCAAUCUGUGGUAAAGCCUUCACACAGAAAGCUCAACUAGUUAGACAUAACAGACGUUUACACGACCCUAAUAAACCAGAAGUGAUCAAAGAAAAGUGUAAUUUGUGCAAAAGGACAGUUCCCAAUUUAGAGAAACAUAUGUUAGCGCAUACUAACAAGCCAUAUCCUUGUCAUUUGUGUGAGAAGAGAUAUCCGGAGCAGAAUGCCUUGAACAGACAUCUACAGAGACAUACUGGGGUCAAGCCGCAUCAAUGUCAAUUAUGUGACAAAGGUUAUAUUCAAUUGAAGACUCUUAGAGGACAUAUGAUGAAAGUACACAAAUUGCCUUUGAAAACUGAGCAGGAAGAUCAUUUUGACAGUGUUGUUAAUACUUAUACUAUUCAGAAUUUGAAGAGGAAGACAGUUUUCCUUGAAUGUUAGAAAUAUAUUAAUGUCACACGAAAAGCUUUAUUUAAGAAAAGGGUUUAUCACAUUAGGCACACUUGGGCAUUUUCACGAAAAAAGAUUCAAAACCUUUUUCUUUUCAAAAAAGGUAGUAGUAGUAGUAAAACACUUUAUUGUACCAGAAAAUACUACCGCACAAGAAAAAGGCUUAUCACUAGUACAAAGGCGAACUUAUCCCUUUAAGGGAUCUCUUACAGUUAACCUUGGUUAAGGGUAAAUUUAUUGUUUUUCUUACUCAGAAUCACGAGCCCUUUCUAUCCUACUAGGCGGAAAAAAGCGUCCCAAAUAUUUUUUUUUCACUUCGUUACUAUUUUUCAAACACUACAGCGGUUACAAAGUAUGCAAAAUAAUAGAAAAUUUUGGGACCAUUUUUUGCUUUCUUUUUUUUAUCCUAGAUUGAAAGGGCUCGCGGUUCUGAGUAGGAAAAAUAUAAAAUUUGCAUACCUUAAAAAACAUUUUUUUUUUGUGAUUAUUCUCGCAAAAAUGCCCACUAUGCCACUUAGGGUCUCCCCAAACCUAUCGACGCGGAAUCGGCCUUUGCUGACCAAAAAUCACUCGUGAGUAUGACCAUGGCUACGCUCGUUCAUCGUCGUAAGCUUCUUCAUAC